ACUCUUCUGCCCAGUGUGUGCUGGGAUCUCACCACGACUGGUCGUUCACCGUCUGUUACGAGGAAGAGUCACGUGAUUUAAUUACAAAUAUUACGAGCUCCGUAAGACAUUAUGUAGGACUGAGUAUUUGUGCCUAAUGACAGCGAACAGUGUGGUUGGAGACAUCGAGACUUCUGGAAAGCACACAGAGAUCUAACAGAAGCUCCCGCGUUAUUUGGUUAGACACUAACAAACUUCAUUCUUCCCCAUUAUACCGGAGUCUUAAUUAUGUUUAUCUUCAGAACUUGGUCAACUGUAAGACUGGUCGCCGUUUUACUGAGUUUGGGGAUUUACCAGAGCAACUGGAAGGCAGUGGAAACGAUUCAUCCAGAAUGCGCUGUUGUGGCUGAGCAUAUGAAGGCCCGAGAGCAAUGCAUUCACACUCAAAGACAAGAGGCCCGCAACAGCAGCAGUAUCACUGGAUGUCGUACAGAGUGGGAUGAUUUUUGGUGCUGGUACAAGGCAGAGGUCGGACACGUGGCCAACGUCUCCUGUUACGAAGUGUCUCAGUUCUUUGCGAUCAAUCAUGGUUUCAUAAUUAGGAAUUGCACCAAGAGUGGCUGGACAAAAAUCUACCCAUCCUAUGAGAAUGCUUGUGAGAUCGUGGAGGACAUGGAAUCAGAAACCGAGACUUCAUAUUAUUCCACAUUCAAGCAGGUGUACACUGCAGGUUACGCUACCUCUCUGAUUUCCCUCAUCUCUGCCAUCUUUGUGUUUACAGCCUUCAGGAAGUUCCACUGCACAAGAAACUACAUUCACAUCAAUCUUUUUGCCUCCUUCAUCCUCCGAGCCAGCGCGAUCUUCAUCAAAGAUGCAGUUCUCUUUGCAGAUGAGAAUCUGGACCACUGCUUCAUGUCAACAACAUCUUGCAAGGCGGCAGUAGCUUUCUUUCAGUUCAGUAUCCUGGCUAACUACUUCUGGCUGUUGGUGGAGGGAAUGUAUCUACAGACUCUUCUAGCUCUAACUUUUGUCUCACAAAAUAAGUAUUUCUGGUGGUACAUACUUAUUGGCUGGGGUAUACCCACACUAAUACUCACCAUCUGGGUUCUAGCCAGGAAAUUUUUGGAUAACAGGGGGUGCUGGGAUGACACAGAUGUUGCUUACUUUUGGUGGAUUAUCAAAGGACCAAUCACAGUCUCCCUCCUGAUCAAUUUCUUCAUCUUCAUAAAUGUGAUCCGGAUUCUUGUGCAGAAGCUGAAGUCUCCAGGAAUGGGUGGCAGUGAUACCAGCCACUUCAUGAGACUGGCCAAGUCUACCCUUUUCUUGAUCCCUCUGUUUGGCAUGCACUACAUGGUUUUUGCCUUCCUGCCAGAGAACACAGGAGAAAACGCUCGCCACUUUCUUGAACUUGGCCUGGGCCCCUUUCAGGGUUUUGUUGUGGCUCUAUUAUACUGUUUUCUCAAUGGAGAGGUACAAGCAGAAUUGAAGAAGAGACUGUGGAAGUGGCAGACACAAAAUUAUUUAAAAUACAGCAAGAGAAGACGAACCCUCUUUACUGAGAGCAGCACAGUCACACAGAUCUCAGUUCUCGAGAAGUCCAGCCCAAAAGAGCUGCCCUUAACUGAGUCCCACAACAGCGUGUCAUCCAUCUGAGAUCUGUACAGGUUCUGGUCCUUUAGCGGGCUUCGCUGUCCUCCUUAACCCUGAUUAAACUCAACCGCUUCAAACUUGUCAGUAAUCCAGAAGACCUUGAUUGCCUGGUUUAGGUGCAUUUCUUUAAGUUUGGAGUUAAAGUGCUCCUAUUAUGGGUUGUAAAAGGUUUAUAUUUAGUUUAACAACAGGCUGACAUAAAAAUACUUUCAUUUUCUUAUAAUAUGCAUUUAUUUUUACAUUAUUUGUUCUCUGACUCCCAAACGAUUCAUUCAGCGAUGAAUUAUUCCAAACCCCUCUGGCGAUUCGGUCAGUUUCAUUUAAAGCAGUGUUUAUGAACUUAAUGAUUAAUUACAUAAUAAUUAUUUAGCAUUUUCUUUCAGAACCAACUAAUAAGUGGGCGGGCAGUAUGCUAAUGUUUCAUUUUGACGUCAACAUGGAAGGGCUUCGGACUCGUUUAAAAAAAAAAAAACACUGGUUUCAAUGACUCAGAGUCGACUCUUUCUUUUGAGAGACAAUACCUUUCUACACGAUGCUUUUUCAGAUGAAAACAGAUGUCCAGUUGUGUUACACACUGCAUGAAAGGCCAUGUUCAUAAUAGGAGCACUUUAGAAGACACAAAGGACACUUUGAAGAAAAUUCAUACAUUGUGAUAAAGUUAUAAACUAGUUGGUAGAAUGAAUUUUUUUUUCUUCCCUACGCAUUACUAAACCAAGCUUUCAAUUUGAUGCUGAUAGGAAAUUAUUCUCUGUUUAUUUAAAACAAAGAAGCACAAAUCAUGCUGUUUAGUUUUAUUUAAAUUAGACCAUUAAGAGACCAGGCUAAAAGGAAAGUUCGCCCCUUUAACCCACCAAAAAAAGAGCAGCUUGCUUUCUUCAGCAAACAAUGAUCAUGAAACUGAUUUGUACUUGUCGCUCAGUAGUAUGGUCUGCUUGGCUUGAAAGUUACGAUCGCAUAUAGAUGUGCUAUAGAUGUUGAAAACAGCUAAUUGCCUUACAGUUAACAGAGACCUCAUUUUCGAUUCUCCGCAUAUAACAGCUAGCAAUUAAAGGUAUUUUCAUAUUCAUAAAUGCAUAUUCAUAAUCUCUUAUUUUGUAAUUUGUGUUUCAAGGCAACAUAUUGCACAGUGCACUGGCCCUGUAUGUAUAAAGAAAUACAUUGACAUUUCUAUAGGGCAUCCAAAGUAUUUUUCUUAAAUAUUGGGUAUCUUCAAGACAUUUUAUUCAUUAUAAACUAUACUUCAAUCUUUUGCUUAAAUACAUGAUUAAGAUUUUGUGAUAAUGAACGUAUUUUAUUAGAAAACGCAGUACUCAGUACUCUUUGUGUACAAACAGUACUGAUGAUAAAGAUGAGGAAUCAUAUUGAUAUGAGUAUUUACAAUGUAUUAUAAUGAAUAAUACUGUUUUGAAAAUGGCCUGUUUAAGAAUGGUUUUGCAGUGCACACAUCUGGAGCACUAGACUGUAAAGUUUCUUGUUUGACUGUAAAUGUUAUCUUGUUUUCUUAAUAUAUGUUUGCUGUAUAUACUUUACUUGAUGCACUAUAUUUGUUGACAUUUGUGCUCUGUUAUUUGGUGUUUUAAUCAUAAACUAAUGAAUUCUAUUUUCAACACUAACAUUGAUUAUUGAUUUGGAGGCAGAUAUCAGUACUGAUCUAUUUUAAAAGGUGAAAAGAAUUGCUCAUAUGACUCUGAGCAGUUGAGUCGGACUGAACUGAUUUUAUAUGGCUAAUGUAUUUAUUCACAAAUUGUUUUCAGUGUUGUGUGUGUAUUGUCCUUUUCAGCUUGUAAAUAUCAUUCAGAUAACUUCUGUCUUGAUUGUAAACAUUGUUGCUACAUUCACCAACCUGCCUUAACAUAAUCAGAUGUGUAUUAGCUUAUUGAAUGUUAAAUGGAGUAAAUAUUUUUAUUAUGCA